GAUAGUGCUGAUUGCUGAAGCACCUAUGGAUCUUUCCACUUCCAUCCACACUGCAGAAUCACAUACUCUUUACUUGGAACAGGUUGCAGCUCAAGACGGUAGCCAAACCCAGAUCUCGAACCAGGCGGCAGAUGCAGAUGGCAGCCAAACUCCGAUCACUUGCAUGGAUGCUGCUUUGUACGAGGCCGCAGCAUAUGGCAGGAUCGAUGUCCUGGAACAAAUGUCAGAAGAUCAUUUUGUGGUCCAAUUAACCCCAAAUAAGAAUACCGUCCUCCACAUUGCAGCCCAAUUCGGUCAACUGGACUGUGUUCAAUAUAUCCUGGGGCUGAAUUCAUCUUCAUUUCUCCUGCUUAGGCCCAAUCUGAAGGGCGACACUCCACUUCACCAUGCAGCGAGGGAAGGCCAUUUGACAGUCGUGAAAGCACUCAUUGAUGCUGCGAAACGACUUCACCAAGAGAUUGAGAGUGGGGUUGGAGGAGAUAAGGCGAUUAUGAGGAUGACAAAUGAGGAGGAAAACACAGCCUUGCAUGAGGCAGUGAGGUAUCAUCAUUCAGAGGUUGUGAAGUCAUUGACCGAGGAAGACCCCGAGUUUAUUUAUGGGGCUAAUAUUACAGGCUACACUCUUCUUUACAUGGCCGCCGAGAGAGGUUUUGAAGAUUUGGUGAAUUUAAUCAUAGGAACUUGCACAUCACCUGCUCACAGUGGCAUGAUGGGUAGAACGGCUUUACAUGCUGCUGUAAUUCGCAAUGACCAAGAAAUGACAGCCAGGUUAUUGGAAUGGAAGCCAGAUCUGACAAAAGAAGUGGAUGAGAAUGGAUGGUCUCCCCUUCACUGUGCUGCAUACUUGGGUUAUACUGCAAUUGUGGAGCAAUUACUAGACAAAUCACCAGAUAAAUCUGUAACUUAUCUUGGAAUCAAGGACAGCAAGAAAACAGCACUUCACAUUGCAGCUAACCGUCACCAUCAAGAUAUAGUAAAGCGGCUGCUGUCACACUCCCCAGAUUGUUGCGAGCAAGUGGAUGAUAAGGGAAAUAAUGUUCUUCACUCUGCCAUUAUGAGCGAGCGGUAUUAUGCUCCUGGUAAUAUCUUCAGGGACAAUAGUUUGUUAUGGGUGACAGGACUUAUAAAUGAGAAAGACGCUAAAGGAGACACACCCCUCCACCUGCUUGCUUCUUACCAAGUUUAUGAUCCGUUUUUGUCAGAGAACAAUAGAGUGGAUAAAAUGGCGCUCAACAAGGAUAAGUUAACCGCCCUAGACAUUCUUUCAAGGGCUAACGUUAAGUCAGGAAAUAUAUCCAGGGUAAGGCUCCUAACCUAAUCUUUUUAUUAGUAAUGGUAUGGCAAGA